CACGUGACCCACCGGGUCACAUGGCUCGCGGGACAACAUGGCUGCGCCCGCACUAGGGCUGGUUUGUGGACGCUACCCUGAGUCGGGUCGCGUCCUCUUGCUGCUGCUGCUCUCGCUGCUGUGUGGAGCGGCAGGGAGCGAGGAGGCCGGGACCAGUGCGGUCGCGGGGUCCCUUGCGGGUUCUUGCGGCUGCGGCACGCCCCAGCGGCCUGGCGUCCAUGGCAGUUCGGGAGCCGCUCGCCGAUACUCGCGGGAGGCUAACGCUCCGGGCUCCGUACCCGGAGAGCGGCCGCUCGCGCACUCAAAGAUGGUCCCCAUCCCUGCCGGAGUAUUUACAAUGGGCACAGAUGAUCCUCAGAUAAAGCAGGAUGGGGAAGCACCUGCGAGGAGAGUUACUAUUGAUGCCUUUUACAUGGAUGCCUAUGAAGUCAGUAAUGCUGAAUUUGAGAAGUUUGUGAACUCAACUGGCUAUUUGACAGAGGCUGAGAAGUUUGGCGACUCCUUUGUCUUUGAAGGCAUGUUGAGUGAGCAAGUGAAGACCAAUAUUCAACAGGCAUGUCCAGUGAUUUCAUUAGACUGUGUGUUGGUGUUGGACGUUGUGGGUCAGUAUUCUCAGGUUGCAGCUGCUCCCUGGUGGUUACCUGUGAAAGGCGCUAACUGGAGACACCCAGAAGGGCCUGACUCUACUAUUCAGCACAGGCCGGAUCAUCCAGUUCUCCAUGUCUCCUGGAAUGAUGCGGUUGCCUACUGCACGUGGGCAGGGAAGCGGCUGCCCACGGAAGCCGAGUGGGAAUACAGCUGUCGGGGAGGCCUGCACAAUAGACUUUUCCCCUGGGGCAACAAACUGCAGCCCAAAGGCCAGCAUUAUGCCAACAUUUGGCAGGGCGAGUUUCCGGUGACCAACACUGGCGAGGACGGCUUCCAAGGAACUGCGCCCGUUGAUGCCUUCCCUCCCAAUGGUUAUGGCUUAUACAACAUAGUGGGGAACGCGUGGGAAUGGACUUCAGACUGGUGGACCGUUCAUCAUUCUGUUGAAGAAACGCUUAACCCGCCAAAGAAAAAGAAUAAAAACUGUUCUUCUCAUCAGUGCUUGAUAUCAUCGAAAGGUCCCCCUUCUGGGAAAGACCGGGUGAAGAAAGGUGGAUCCUACAUGUGCCAUAGGUCCUAUUGUUACAGGUAUCGCUGUGCUGCUCGUAGCCAGAACACACCGGAUAGCUCUGCUUCGAAUCUGGGAUUCCGCUGUGCGGCCGACCGCCUGCCCACCAUGGACUGACAACCGAGAAGAAUUUUCCCAAUCCAAGAAGGAGUCGUGUCUGACCUACACUGGGCUUCCCUCAGAACUCUGAACGAUCUCAUGCAAAGAAUUCCCACCCUGAGGUGGGUUACAUACCUGCCCAACGGCCAAAGGAACCGCUUUGUGAGACCAAAUCGCUGACCUGGGUCAGUGCAUGUGCUUUAUUGUGUGGUGCAUCUUUGAAGAUCAUCGCCAUAUUUUACUUUUGAGAGUUUUUAAAGCAGAAGGGGAGUGGAGGGAACCCUGACCUAGGCUUCAGGAGGCCCGCAUCCUACACAGGCUCUGCCACAGGGGUUAGACCCCAGGUCUGACACUUGACCUUCCUGGGCCUCAAGUUCCGUCCCCUAUCAAAUGAGGGGAUGGACAGCAUGACCUCUGGGUUUCUCUCCAACUCAUCAGUUCUAAAGAGGAUAUCAGAUUCUAUUGUGACUUCAUAGUGAGAAUUUAUGAUAGAUUAUUUUUUAGCUAUUUUUUCCAUGUGUGAACCUUGAGUGAUACUAAUCAUGUAAAGUAAGAGUUCUCUUAUGUAUUAUUUUCAGAAAAGGGAUGGUGGUGACUCCUUUAUAUUCAUACUGCACUUUGUUUUUCCAAGGAAAUCAGUGUCUUUUACAUUGUUACGAUGAAUCCCACAUGGGCCAGUGAUGGUAUGCUGAAGUUCAGCCAUUGAACACACAGGAAUGUCUGUGGGGUGACUCUACUGUGCUUUAUCUUUUAACAUUAAGUGCCUUUGGUUCAGAGGGGCAGUCAUAAGUUCUGUUUGCCCCUCUCCCCAAAGCCUUCAGUGAAUGUGAAAUGUGUGCUAAAUGGGGAAACCUGUUUAAUUCUAGGUAUAGGGUAAAAGGAAUGAGGACCUUGAAUUAGCUAUAUUCAGGGUAUCCGGUAUUUUGUAAUAGGGAAUAGGAAACCUUGUUGGCUAUGGAAUAUCAGAUGCUUUGAAUCAUGCACUAUGUCGAAUAAACUUAUCUGCUAAAUCAGG